GCGGGACUUAUUGCGCCAUUAACACCUCCCAAAAAAUUUCCCGCUCAUACCUUCCUAAAAAAAAAAGUUCCAAAAAAAUCAGAUUUGAGCUUCAACCAUUUUUUGCUGGGUGUCUGGUUUUUGAAGACGAAGUUGAACCAGUUCCUAACUCCCAUUUUCAUUGAAGACGAAGCUCAAAUUGUUGCAGUGUUAUACGCUAGAGCCAUGGAAGGAAUAGACCUUAAUGAAACUGUAACAAUUGAAGAUUGUAAUGAGGAUACCGGUGCAACUGAUAAGAACUCCAAUCCCCCUACCGUAGGUAUGUGCUUUACAACGGGUCAAGAAUUUUUCGAUUUUUGUAAUAUGUAUAAGGAAGGUUUUGAGAUGUUUAUGAAAAAUAAUAAUUUGAAACAAGAGUAUAAGGCUAUUGGAGUGAAUAGGAAAGGUACUGGAGAUCUUGAGCCAAAGCCUCACAUGAUGGAAUUAAUAAGAUUAAAAUGUAAGAAGGGAGGCACGAACGUUGGGUCCAAUGUAACUGGUUGUAAAAUGUUCGUUUAUGGUAAAAUUAAAGACGAUAAGUUUACCAUAUUGAAGUGUGAGUUGGAACACAAUCAUGCUCUAAAUCCAGAUUGUAGUAGAAUGAUGGUUAACUAUAGGAAAGGCAACAGCUUUUGGGUGAUUGAAUUGAAAGUAUUUGCGCAAAAUAGGCAACCUAACGUCAAUAAUAUAAAAUGUCGGAUGAAGGCAGUAGGGUCCUCUUCAACAAAACAUUUCUUGUAGACGCUGUUGUAAGCAAUUCCUUUACUUGUCAUGUAUUCAGUGUACAGCUUCUGCGUUUCCUUGUCAUCUGUUCUACGCUUGUGGAAAUAGUAAUCACCAUUAGGUAGUCCGGUGAUCCAUAAUAUCAUACUGCAAAUGCUGGUCAGAGAUUUUACUCGUGCCCCGUUUGGAAGGUAAAAUAAUAGAUUUUUUUAGUUAAACUUUAAUUUCUUUUGUCCAAUAGUUUUGGCUGAUAAGUCGGACUUAAUGUAUACAGGAUGAUACAUGUGGGUUCUUCUUUUGGGAAGAUGAGGUGAACGCUAACGUAUUGAACAAUUUACAACAAGAGAACUACCACCUCCGGGAACAACUAAUGCGGAUGAAUUGUUUGAACGAGACACUGAAGUUGGAGAAUGUGGUCAUGAAUGAAAGGAUUCAGAUUGUGGAAGGUAGAAACAAUAACAUGACAAAAGACAUGUUUGAAGCUAGGAACAAUGAGAAAUUCAUUUAUAGGAAUUGCUUGUGUGUGGCAAUAUUUUUCAUUAUUCUUACCGUUUACAAAUGGUAAGAAUAAUUCUUAGGAUCUAUUGCCCAAGAGUGGGAUGCUGUACGGUUCUUCAAAAAGUCUGUUGUUUAAAAAUUCCUUCCGAUUAAAUGAAUGAUAAUUUGUUUGAUAAAUCUUGGAAACUCU